ACUAAAGUUGCUUCGAUACCAAGGAGCACAGCAUAAUACCCGAGUGACUGCAAUGACUUACUGUAUAGUCUACAGUAGCUUUCAUCUCAACAGAGCCUGGAACGACACUAUCCAUGAAAAUGCUCCAGCAUCUGCCAACAGAGGUGGUAGCGUCGGUAGUCUUGCAACUAAGCGACAAGCGGGAUCUAAAGAGCUUAUGCGAAGUCUCGAAAUACUUCUACGAUUUGACAGCGCCAUUUUUAUAUGGCGUGCAUGAAGUGGUGGUCCAAACCUCGGAGCAAGGUGUGAAUCAGGCGCAGGCUGACCCGGUCCUCGUGGUAUGCGAGCGACCGCUGAAGCUCUUGGAGCGUGUGACGAAGUUGCGCGUGGCUGCUGCCGUUUCUAGGAAAAGACGUACCUAUAACAGGCACGAAGAGUCAGACGAGCAAAACGAAGCUGCGCUCGAGAGGCUCGAUGAUGAGAUAGCUUCUAUUGCGCGGCACUUCAAGGACGAAAAACUUCGUCAUUUCACGUGGGAUGCAGGGAGUCAUGUCCCGGCUCUUCUCCUCGGACAAGACGGUUAUCUGCCCAACCACCAAAAACGCAUCGAAUAUCUUGGACUUGUGACGACUAGUAACGAGCAUCCGCCCCCAAGGCGCGCAUUCCUAGCUUUGAACGAGUUUAAAUUUUUGAAAGCCAUUUCUUGGAUCGGAUUCGGCUCGGCAAAUGACUUCAAGGUGCUUGACUCGGCGCUGAGGUUAAAUGCCCACCAUCUCAACAGCUUGGAACUCGACUUAAAUUGGAUCGCUCAUAGCGGCUGGGGUGCAGAUGCGGAUUCAGCCUGGUUCAAGUCUGCAUGGCGGACUUUAACCCUUGCUAGUGAGGCCAACUUUCCGCGGCUGGCACACCUGUCCUUGUCGCGACUUGACCUGACGCACUGGGAUCUAUACCAACCCAAGGGACGCAAUCGGUACGGCCUCGAUGGAAGGUGGCCGCGUACACUCGAUCAAUUACCUCUCGAGUCGUUGGUGCUCAGACAAUGCCAGGGCUUGACAUCAUUUUUGGCCGCGUUGGUAUUAUCGUCUUGUCUAUCUGGCCUUCGCUCGCUGGAAAUUGUUGAACCACCAGCCUGGGGGCAUUAUGAUUACGAGGAUUGUGACUUGGUCGAGUACUGUCUCGAAGAACUGCAUGGGCUUGAAAAUCUCUAUCUCUCCAUCCCGGAUUCUUCGUCUGUCAGUUGGAUAUGGGAAACUGCAUCACGUAUGUCCGGCCUUCGACGCUUCAUCUUUCAUGCAAGAGGCGUACACGACGAUGAGGUCAGGGACACGAGUGACAUGGCAUUUCCACAAGACCUGAGCCGAUAUGAUCUUGAGUGCUACUGCUACCCAGACACCGAUGCUCCAUUAUUCGAUGAAGAGUGCCCGAAUUACAUUGGUAGACUGGAGCUCGAAUGCAUAGGCGUAUCGUGCCACACCCGACAUCUGAAAAUCGUCGUAGAGCCGUUUUGUCAAAAGAACUGCCUGAAGAUAUUACACGUUCGACAGUCAGGGCGGGAUAUUGAGGAGUUCGGCUCUUGGGUCCUCGAGAAAAUGCAGUCGACAGAGGAAGAUGCGGGCUCAAUCGCUCCAAACGCACUCGGCUGCGUCUCUCAGUCACCGGUCACGAACGGUCGCGGUAGCGGCUCGACAUGCUUGAGCGAUGACUUCCAUGGUUUUGCAGACUGGGCGUUUGGCGCUAGUGGGAUUCCUUCUCUCCGCAUUCUAGCGUACGGAGACUUCUCAUGUUCUGGACGGUUCGAAGCUCACUCCUUUUUCUUGUGUCGGGCACGUCUGGAGGAUAGCGAAGUUCGCUAUCGUUUUUACGAUCCGAAAUUAGAGCGGGAUCCAGAGCUCGAGGAUCUUCUGAGCCAACACGACGGGUUUCUCCAGGCGUGUCCAACAAGCCACCCCUAGGGUUUGUGAUGAUGACCAAGUCAAAGAGAGCUCUGCCGGGCCAUUAGCGAACCUCUGGAUUGAGACGGUUAAAAAGUGAUGUGCAGAUAACAAGUGGCAGGAGCAGUCUGACGCUAUGGAUUUCGGGCAAGCGGCGACUCUGGCCACCUGACGACCCUCCUCACGGUAACUGCACCAUAAUCUUCUGAUGCGCAGAGGCUAACUUGGGCAGCAUCCGUGUGGCAGCAUCCUUGGAGGACAGGUAAUGUG